AUGGGCAACUCACCGCUGUCGCGGGAGUUCUCGGGUCGUCGCUUAUCGACUGAGGAGCGCGAGGCCAUGAAGCGUUUCGGUGACGAAGAGAUUAGGCUACUACGUGAGACUUUCAAGGGCUUAGCAAACGGCAAAGACGGCAUAAGCGUCGACAAGGAGACCUUUCUUAAGUGUUUUCCUAUGCGUGGAUUGCUGGGCGAACGGUUGUUCGAGGUGAUUGAUAAGGAUGGCUCUGGCUCCAUCCACUACAACGAGUUUGUCUAUGGGCUGGCGAUUCUCUUCAGAGGCUCAAGAAAGGAGAAGCUCAAAUUCAUUUUCGACCUCUACGACCUCAGCGAGGCGGGCUCCAUUUCACGCCACGAACUCAGGACAAUGCUGCACCAAUUCCCCGAAUCGGCGCUAGAGCUAAUCAAGCCGAAGACCGAGCAUGAAGAAACCAAUAACCCAGACGUGUCUACCCCCGUCAAAAUGAUGGAAGAGGUGGAGGCUCUAGCGGACUUGGCAUUCCCGUCUUCCUCUGUUCCAGGCACACGCUUGAGCUUUGAACAGUUCUGCCAGUGGUGUGAAAACACUCCUGGAGUUACCAACUUUUUAAUGAGCGUCCUACCAGUUGAGGACCAUGCAACGAAGGAUGGUAGCUUAAGUCCUCUCCUUGUCUUGGAGAGCACGGAGACCUUCGCAAGAAACACAACUCCUUUGCCAAUCUACACAUCAACGGAUCCAUUGAGCCGUAAAGAACUGGAAAAGACUCGAAACUUGCUGCAAGACGCCAAGCAUUGCUGCAAUAUCGAGAGUGUGGCUUCCAAAAUCCAAGCCGCGCUAGCUGAAGUGGAUCGCCUUCUCUCGUUACCUGCAGGAGCUACAGGAGCUCUAAAAUCUGAAUCAAGAGGUGGUUCCUUCACCAGUUCCGGUGAAAGUCCCACACCAUCCCAAGCAUUGGAUGAAAUUCCAGAAGUGGUUUUGGUCGAGGACUCCUCCAGCGUCUCCGGAUACUUGUGGAAGCGCGGCUCGCGUCUGCGGAAAAUGACCAAGCGCCAUUAUGUUUUACAGGGCAGUUUUCUCUACUACUACGCGUCUCCGGAUGACACGGCACCUCGCGGAGUGACGUUUCUAAGCGAUUGCUAUGUGGAGGUACAACCGAUUCAGAACGAGAUUGUGGAGAAAGGUGUGCACUACUACGGAAUUGACAUUGUACCGGAAGCUGGCAGUUCGCGAGAGAAGCGUACUGUGUUUACUCGCUCUCUUGACGCUCAGAAACGUUGGGCAGCGGCACUCCGAAACGCUACCGACAAAACUUCAAUUGAAGAAGUAUACAACGUCGGAGCGCAACUUGGUCGAGGACGGUUUUCCAAGGUUUGUGAGGCUACACACAAACGUACGGGCGUCAAGUCGGCGGUGAAAAUCAUCGACAAGAGCAAAUUGCAGCCCACAGAGAAGGAACUCUUACGCACGGAGAUUGCCAUCUUGAAGCUUGUUCAUCACCCAAACAUCAUCCGGCUAUACGAUGUAUACGAGGAUCGCCAAUAUAUCUUCAUCGUCACCGAGCUUGUGUCCGGUGGCGAACUCUUCAACCGGAUCGUGGGUCGUGCACGAUAUACCGAAGCCGAGGCGCGUCUUGUCAUGCGUCCGCUACUUGAAAGCGUCAAUUAUUUGCAUAGGUUGGGAAUUGUGCACCGAGAUCUCAAACCGGAGAAUAUUCUCUGCGGAGAGGCAUUGACGGACCUCAAAAUUGCGGAUUUCGGAUUGUCAAAACUCGUCCAUCCCGAGGAAUUGAUGAAAAUGCCUUGCGGAACGCUCAACUAUGUGGCUCCCGAGGUGCUUGCACUGGUGGGUUAUGGCCGUGAAGCCGACAUCUGGUCUCUUGGGGUCAUCAUGUAUCUGCUACUUCGUGGCGAACUCCCUUUCUACGGCAAGGCAAAGAGUGAGGUCAUCCAGAAGACGUUGCAUGCUGAAGUCAACCUGGAGACGGAUUCGGCUUGGAGAAGCGUGUCCUCAGCAGGGAAGGCCUUGCUUCGAGGCUUACUCACGAAAGACCCAGCAUGUCGACUAACUGCACAGGAUGCUUUACUACACGAGUGGUUCUCUGUCAAGUCUGGUCAGCCCCAGGCAACAACUUCACCCCCAAAGAACAGACAAUAA